UUUUAAAGUGUUUCAUUUUUCCCACGGGCUUUGAAUUUUCUCUUAAGUCUUAACCUUGAAAAUAAUUAUUUGGCGACUGCCGCGUCGCGGUUGCGAUGUCGGGUGCGGCGUGGCAGUCGUUGACGGACAAAGAAACCAGGCGCACCAUACAUGUAUUUGUUUAGAUUAAUUUACAUGUUGAACAAGUGUUUCAGUGAUUUUCGUAAAAUGUCCUCGCACGUGACAUCCAAGAAAGCUCAUUUAUUAACAGAAAACUUCUGCGUACAAAAAUACGCGAAUCCAAGAAAGUGCGUUUCAAUAUUAAGCAGCCGACGCCCACCAAAAUAUAAUGUUGACGCUCCGAUAAUUAUCUGAUAUUUGAUAAGAGAAAAGGCCACUUGAAAGUUUGUCAUUCAGUAACAAAAUAGCCUACUUGAAAGCAGCUAUAUAAUUAGUACAUCAUUAACGAAGGGUGUGAAAGUAUUGGCAAAUCCAGAGCACGUGUAAAUAUGUGCUAAGGGCUUGCCAUUUUCAGUUCCGUGUUUAAUAUACUAUUUUUUGUCUGCAGCGCGUAAAAUGCGUGUUGUGAAACCUGACACCCGGGUUUCAAGACGCACUUUACGCGCAGUAGGCAAAAAAACAGUAAUAUACUGUAGUAAAAAGAAGAAAGGCAGAUCACCUGAAAGAGUGGACAAGGAAAGGUCACGGUCAUUACCGUUAGGUUUACAUUCGAAGCUCGCCGACGGAGUAAUAGCGCACAUUUUGUCUACGAUCGUUACUCGUUCAUCAAAGGUCAUUAACCAUGUUAAAUUUGCUGAAAGUUGCGUUUUUAUUUAAAUUCGUAAGCACGGUAUUCGGCGGCUUUUUGAUUAAUUUUUUCGGACAAUUUCUGCCCGAUUCCUUCAAAAGAAUUUAUCUUCCUGGACGAUUCAACGAAUGCGCCAAGUCUAAGUCGAUUGAGAAAUUCGAAGUGCCUAAAAGGUGGUUCAGGCAUUUCUAUUUAUUUGCCGCUCCAUAUUCAACUUUUUACUUGCUGCUACUUUGCUAUCGGUAUUUACUCAACGGUAGAACACCAAAUUUUGUUAAUUGGCAGAUAAGCAUCUUUUUUGAUUCGUCGCGCGAAACACCCAUUUCAGCUGAACGCGUUUUGCUAGGUAUGCUCAUUUUCACGGCGCACUGCUGGAAAAGAUAUUAUGAAUCACACUAUAUUAGUGUUUUCAGUGAUUCCACUAUAAAUUUGUCGGUAUACAUAAUUGGUUUUACCCACUAUUUUGGUGGCAUUUUAAGCAUCGUAGGUGAAUCACAGAGUAUUGACAAAGACUCGACAAUUCACUUGAACUGGUCAAAUUUGACGUGGUUGGAAUACACUUGUGCAUCUAUAUUCAUAUUAUCAACAUAUUUACAGUUAAGAACGAACAUUAUUUUAUCAAACUUACGAAAAAAUGAAAAGGGAGUUGUAAUUACAAAGCAGCAUAAAAUUCCCCGAGGGGAACUUUUCGAAUACAUAACGGCGCCGCUACAAUUUACGGAAAUCAUCUUAUACCUAUGUAUGUCUAUUAUUCUGAGAGAAGGCUCAACAUUCCAUUACGUGACUCUGUGGACAGUAGCCAAUCAAGUUGAGUGUUCCUAUCUAGCUCAUACAUGGUUCUUGAACAAGUUUAAAGAUUAUCCAAAAUCGCGAAAGAUGAUUGUUCCUUACAUUUUUUAAUAUGUUUCUCUUUUUUUAAAUUCGUGCAAAUGAACG